AAUCCAGGUCAUAUCAACGAGUGCCCUAAGGCCCUCAAUGUAAGUCACUUUGGCCAAAAGCGUCUGCAAAAUGAAUGUAAUGCCCUAAUCUGAGCAACCAAAGUGCCCCCCCAGGGUGGAGCUCUGCACACACAACUGCGUCACACGGGGCAAUAAUAUCCUUCUAAUAUAUCGUGUAGUUAUAUAUAAGGACAUUGUGCACGGUAGGGUGAAUAGGUCCACGUUAUAUACCGACUUACACCCAAAUGCACAUCAAUAGCUGUAUUUUUCUGAUCUAAAAUCACUUGUGUUACAUUCAUUUCCUCAAGACCCGUGCAAAUAUUCAAAUAAUUGUGAGAAAUUCUUAUCACAAUGUCCCAGAGUGCAAAGCGGUGUCAUCCAAAACCGGUCCGAAAGGAACUGAUUAAAAAACAUAGUAACCAACAGAUCAUUCUCUACUGACACAUCAACAACUCGUUUUAGCUCCACAUCUCCGACAGAAUGGAUUUGUUCGGCUGUGGGAAGGUGACACGAGUGCAUCAUGGUAUUUUUUUUCUGAGCGGAAAACAAUUUAAUCCUUCAAUAAGUAUCCAUACCAAAAACCCUUUGCUGUAUGUUUUGCACAUCUUUUGCCGUGGCUGCUUACGUUUUGCAUAACACUGUCACGUGAUCUUGACCUUUACAGUGAUCGUUUUGGGACCUGAAGGCGACGCCACAACUGACUACAACUGACUGGCGGAGAUUCUUCCCGUCCUCGCCUCUCACUCGACUGAGAAAUGGCUCGUGGUGACGAGACAGUCUGUUAAAGACCACACUGAGGGUCUGCGCAGCAGCUGAUUGGGUCCUGCCCGGUGCCCUGUAAUCAGGCUGAAUGAUGGAAGACUCAUCAAAAACCGCCCACCGCAGUCAUUGUCUGACAGGCCCACUUGAGCCACUGGGUCUCCCCGAGCACACUGAUUCAAAGUCGUCCGCAUGUCACCGGCCCGCUGAUGGACUACUCUGCUACGUGACAGACAUCAGGCAAACUCCAAAACCAGACCCCCCCUUUGUCUGAGGGGUGAGGGAGGGGGGGUUUGAUGAGUGGGAGGAGGAGAGGAGGCGAGGAAGGGGGAGAUGAUGCAUCCUGAAUGUCUGGGAUCGGUGUGUGUGUUAGUGUGUGUGUGUGUGUGUGCGUGUGUGUGUGUGUGUUAUGGGCAGCGAGGGUAUAUAAGGUGGAGCCCACCUGCUCAACGCCAACGACCGCAGACCUCCGCCAGCUAACCUCAGCCUGUUACCAAAGUUCAGGUGCCUUGAGUGACUCCACAGCAUGCUGCCUGAUGUCCGACACUGCGUCCUGACGAGCCGCUGGCUGCCCGCAGCCCUGGCGCUGCUCCUCCUCCUCUCCUCCAGCCUCAGCAGCGCUCACAGCACCAGGGUGGAGCACGACUUCCACAUCGUUCACAAUGUCGACAAUAGAAGUCCAGAGAUAGAUCCAUUCUGGUACGUGGGGCGUGGGGUGAGACCCAUCGGGCGCUUCGGGAAGAGGCACAGCAGCGCGGGUGCUCUGGGCAGCGGGGGGAUGCAACCUGUCGCCAGGACGCUGGAGCUGCUCCUCAACAGCCUAAGAAACAAAGAGAACCUGGAGAAAGUGCUGGAUGGAGAAGACAGGGAUUGGUUACCAUGACGGUGUGUCCUCUCCCUGUCACCCACAAACCCUGAGUGUCUUGAUUUUGUAUGUUGAUGAAGGUAAUUUACUCUUUUGCGCAAGCGCCUGACUGUACGUAUUUCUCUCUGGUGUCUGUUCUGAGGCAUUGGUUGACAUGACCCUUGAUGAAAUAACUCCUUCAAAUGUAUCUGUACAUAAAAAAAUGUAUUCUAUAUUGAUUAAUAAAUAAGGGUGUUGCGAUUAAA